GCUACCGCGCGGGAAAUUAGAAAUGGAGUCUGAAAUGGAUGCAGAGCAGCAGAAGGUCGAGGAGGGGAAAAAUCUCACAGGAGAAUCUGAGAUUAAAGGAGUUAUUUCCAACGAAACUUCAGAUGAGCCUGAUGGAGCACGGAUGAUGCACCUCAGGAAUGCAUUGAGGAAAACAAUCCGAAAGUGCAUUGAUUCUGCCAAGUACAGUACCUUCAACAAGCACUACGGGAAGCACAUGAAAGAUAGAAAUCCACAAGCCUUGAAGAGUCUGCUGCAGCAGUUUAAAGAACAGUUGGAGAAAUCCAUCAAGGAAGAGAUUGAACUGAUGAUUGAUGAAGAGAAUUUAGUUCAUUUGUUCAAUGAUCUUGACAAGCUUGUAGAAGAGGCAAGCGAUGAGGACACCCAAGUAGCAUGGCGGCCUUCCGGUGAACCAGAGAAAGAUUGUCUUGCUCAAGUUUACAGGGAAAAGCUGAAGGAGAAAGAGAAACUGGAGAGAGUUCUACAGCAAGUGGAAGCAGAGGGCGGCAGACUGCAAGAAAUUGUGAAACGCCAGAGACAAAAGCUUGGAAAGACUCAAACAAAGAUCAAGCAACAUCUAGAGGCAUUCAAUCAGGCUGCCGUUACAUGCGACCAAGUUCCCGUAACCCAACUUGAAACGGUCCUCUGUCAAUUAAGCUCAACAUCAGGAAUGUGAGGGAUCUAGUCCUGCAUCAGGUUCCAAUAACCCAGCUCAAACCUGCCUUCAUGUGUCAAAGGUCAAGUUCCAAUAUAACCCUGCUCUAGUUCAUUCAUCUGCUGUGCUCCUCAGCUCCCGCAUUGUGACAAAUGUCAAAAUCAUGUGCCUAAUACUUUGCUUCUAUAUAGAUCUAAAGUGGAGCUUUCUUGCUAGAGGGGGAUGUAUACUUUUAUCUAAUAAUUGAAUUAUUGGAUAAUGUCUCAAAACAUGAUAAUUGUCACACAAGAAAAUCCUGAAAUAAAUUCCAACUUUUUUAAGCUCCGGAAGACUUGCAUCAUAGUGACUUUGGACGCUGCCUAUAAAAGUGUCGAUGUCAUCCGAACACGUGCCCAAGCUCUACAAACUGGCUGCUUUAUCUAUAGCAUGAAGUGCUCUGCAGAGCUCAGCUAAUCACUGGUGUUAACACUCUCGCUGGGCACAGAAAGAAAAGGAUUGCACGAUCAGCCAAUCAGCGUCCAGGGAUUCCGUCUACUGCGAUGGUGUGGGAUUCUUCUUUGUGCGGAAGCGAAAAGAAAACAAAUCCAAUGCCUUGGAACAGGUUUUGUUUGGCACCUGGCCAUGGAGGGGAAAUUGGUAUGCCCUGAAAGGAAGAUUGAGUGCUGAAAUGGGUGUCCCCUCUGAGGAAUGUACCCACUGUCCAAAAUAUUACACCCCCCACUCCGCCCCCGGGGAAACUGCCCAGAUUGGGAAAGUUCUCAAGAUUCUGAUCUAAGAGUUCAAUACUGGAUCUGGAAGAAAACUGGUAUAUCCUGUUGUGGGAGGGGUAUGAAUGCAUGCAUUUGAACAUAGUUCUUGGAAUCCAAGGAAAUUCUUUUUUGUGGAUACAUUUUGCAAUUAUGAAGGAAGCCUUAAUAACGAUUUGCGGCAUCAGUGUUUUUGUAAAAUAAAAAUAUACUGGUAUAUUGAAACCAUGAAAUGCAAAUAAUGAUCCAAGUUUUAUUUCAUGAGAGAAUGUGCCCCCUUUUCAUUUUGAAUUCUUAAUUUCACAAAUUCAAUUAGUCAUACAUCCCAUGUAUCCAAUGUCCUUAGGCAUCUCAUCAGUAGUCAAAUUAGAAUCUGUUGGAAAACUUUGUGAAGCAUGAGGCUUAUCUGCCACAAGGACCAUACAUGAUGCCUACUCAGGUAUGAAAAAUUCACUUAAACAAGCAUCAGAUGAAUCCCAUAUUAUUCAGGUCAUGACAUUUUAUUUCACUCUGUUGAAGCAAGUGAUUUUUUUUUGUAAUUGUUUGGUUGUACUUGGACUUCAGUGAGGCUCCUCAGAGUAUGAUGCCAGGUUCUUGCUGCGGAUUUAUCGACUCAAUCUUGAUCGAUCAAGC